AUGCAUAGAGACUAUUCAGCUACGAAAGUGAUCCAGAGCAUGUUUAAAAGAAACUCCAGCGAGAGAGAGGACAAGGUGAGCGCUGAAACCAACAUUUCCCCGGAGGGCUACAAGCGCAGGCAGGAAAGUAAAGCGUCUUCUACCAGGGCGAAGUCGUCUGUUGGCGCAGAAAGGCCGCAGGGUGGAAUCUACGUGAUAGUACAUAGAAUCAUACAGUCCAAGCGUAAGGAAGACCCAUACGGCAAUGAAGUGGAAAGCAAGAAGCGGAAGACAACCAAAAGAGCUCCUAAGAAAGGUCGUGGGAAGAAACUGACUGUGGCUGCCACAGUUGGAGAUGGGGGCGGGAAACCUGAUGAGGAAAAGGAAGAAGACUGUGAUGAGUCUAUUGACAUUGAAGAGUCUGAUGUUUACAUAAAACAGGAAGCUCUGGAACCAGAAAUAAUUGAUGAUAUCAAACCUCCAGUCAUCACAGUGUCAUCCCUCAACUCCUGUGAACCUGAGACGAUAGUUCCUGAAAUUAUCCCUGUAGUAAUAAAGACAGAACCCAUGGAAGAGGAGGAAGAGACGACUUCUGCUGCUGUAGAUGAUACCUCCAAGGAUGAUGAGGAAUCCAAAGGAUGGAAGUGUACCUCCCUGGGAUGUCACAGGAUAUUCAGGAACAAGGACAAGAUGGAAUUGCACGCAAAGCGGAAGCAUGCACUGGAUGACAAAGUUAAUGGAGGAAAUCUAGUAACUAUCAAGGAAGAAGACCAAAAUUCCACAUUUGGGCUGUUAUCUUUGGAGACAUUUCCGACUCCAGUGGUCUCAACUAACGCGCGGUAACGACAGCCAACUGGUCAGUGUUGCCAACACACAACUCGCCCCCGGGGAUGACCUCCACCAAGGUCAUCACUGCACCGAUAAACUCACAGACCGGAGACCCCUCGGGGACAAGAAAGUAUUUGGUAAUGAUCCCCACACAGUCUCCGGCUACAGUCGGGGGUGUGACGGGGGUGAGGCCUCCACAGCCUUCACUUCUCCCUGUCCUAGUUCCGAGUCCCACUCCAUCCCUCUCUCCUUCCCCCACCUCACCCCAGGUCACACCUCCCCUCGAGACCCCCUCGGCGGACAGUUCAGAGACUCUCACCAUCGACUUGUCUCAUUUCGACGAGAGAACCAGAGUUGGACUGAAGAAGAAAAUUUUGGAAUUGUUGGAUGUUGUAGAGAAACGUAAACUCAACCCAGAUAACCUAGCUAUAGUGUAUUACAAUAGUGACAAGAACAGAUCGGAACCUGAUGAGGAGAGCGACUCAGAUGUGGAGGCACCCUCAGCAAAGAAAAGAAAAAGUACGAAAACUGCCAGAAAAGAAUUUCAGAAACAUUAAUCAAAUACAAAGCAAGAGUGUGAUACAUUUUAUAUAAUUUAAAAUUGAUGAGAAAAUAAAGUAUAAACAGUUUUGUUCUGUCA